AUGGCGAACGCGACCCUGCCAUGGACGCUCGGUGGUCCGAGAGGUUCCUGCCCGGCGGAAUUACACUGUCUCAUUUGGGUCCACCGCUAUUUUGGCGACUGCGUGUGUAACUUUCGCGACGGGCUUUCGUUCACGCUGGGCAUGAUGAGCGUCGUCGCCUGGGGUGUCGCCGAGAUCCCGCAGAUUGUUACCAACUUCUUCGCUGGCAGCACCGAGGGCGUUUCGCUCACCUUCCUCAUGACGUGGACUGUCGGGGACGUCUUUAAUCUGGCCGGAUGCUACCUGGAGCCUGCAACGAUGUACACGAUAACGACGAUAGUGCUGGUGGCGCAGACGGUGUACUACGAGGUGUUGGUUCCGCACAAGGAGGUGGCGGAGGAGGAGGACGAGGAGGGCGACAGUGUGGCAGUGCAGGAUAGCAUCACUGCCAGCAGCACUGUGCAGACUCCCCUACUGCAAGGGCAGCAGCAGCAGCAGCAGGCGUCGUCAGGGCCGGUGGGGGUGCCCCAGGGCGUGCCCAUCCCCGUUGGUCCGCGCUCCGAGAUCCUCUCUGUGCCGCUCAGCCGCAAGUCCUCCCACCGUGACAUCCACAUUCAGUCAGUACCUGUUCCUGCACGGCACCCCUCAUUGACCCCCCUCAUUCCUCUCCCUGUGAUCGUCCAUGUGCUCUCUGUCUCCGUGCUGCUCUCACCCACAAGUGCUUCCACCGCAACGUCCACAUCACAUCCAGUGCCCCACGCCCACCACGGGCUCAUCUCCUCCAUACAAGACUCUUUGCAGGCCUCCCUCCUCACCCACCUGCUUUCCCCUCCCCCCUCUCCUCCCCACAGCUCUGCGCGGUCGCUAGUGAGCUGUCACACGCCCACCAUGGGUUCAUUCGUGCCGGGGUCACACGGGCACCACCCACACGGCUCACACGGGGGGCAUCACCCGCACUCGCUGCACGCCCGCCACACACAGCACCACGUGGGGUCGCUGCUCAGCCAGUCGCCCGGCCAAGGCGUGCCGCACAUCUCCCUGCGCAAUAACAGCCCCGUCACUCGCGCUGUGGCAUUCGGCAUGCUGCUGGUUGGUUGUCUGCGCAUCGGCGCCCUCUCCCACUCCCUCUUCUCUGCUUCUUCCACCCCCAACCACCUCGGCCCCAUCCCCUACCACUCAGACCCCGCCGUCACCUCCUCCUCCACGUCCCCGCUCUCGUCUCUCUUCCCCUCACUCUCCGCUUCUUCCUCCGCUGAUCCUGGCCUUGAAUCCUACCGUCUGCCAGCCCAAGUCUUCCCCAUGCGCCGCCGACUGUUGCAGGCAAGCACACGCGGACUGUUUUCUCAACACCUGCUGACUGAUGGUGAUGAUGAGGAGCCGAGUGCACUGGGGGAGCUGCUAGGGUGGCUCAUGGCGGCCAUCUACAUGGGCGGGCGCAUUCCGCAGAUCUACCUCAAUAUUCAGCGCGGCACGGUGGAGGGGCUCAGCCCGCUCAUGUUCCUCUUCGCCCUUGUUGGCAACGCCACCUACGUUGGCAGGAGUGGCACACUGGCAGCACGUAAACCCCAGCUCGCCUGA